AUGCAAACUGCCGACUGCUUGUGCAAUUACCACUCGUCCGCCCACAGCGCCGCCCUCGACGCCGAAUCCGAAACCACUGCUCCGCCUCACCAACCCAAAAACUCCUUCCGCCUCGCCGUCAAGGAUAACAUUGCGACCCUCCCCUCCGAUGGCUCCACGACCUGCGCCUCGGGUAUCCUGGCUGAUCAUGCCUCACCUUUCGAGGCCACGGUCAUAGCCCAGCUCAGGCGACGCGGCGCCGUGGUCGUGGGCAAGACGAACCUGGACGAGUUUGGUAUGGGCGGGCACAGCAUGAACUCGGUCUACGGUCCCGUUGUGCAGAAGGGGGUCACACGCAGAGGGCCAGGGUCAGAUUCUGCCCGUCACAACGAUAGUGUUGGUGAUGGUCCUGCGGACAGGAUGCCCGUAGACUUCAGCGCUGGCGGCAGCUCUGGUGGCAGCGCCCUCGCCGUCGCCUCGGGCACUGCGGAUGUCGCGCUCGGCACCGACACGGGUGGGUCUGUGAGGCUGCCGGCGGCGUACUGCGGAGUGAUCGGGUACAAGCCCAGCUACGGAAUGAUCUCGAGGUACGGAGUCGUACCGUAUGCGAACAGCCUUGACACGGUUGGCUUCCUGGCUGGGGAUGUGAGGAAAAUCAGGGAGCUGGUCGUGGAGGGGGGGUUGUGGGCGGAACAUGACCCGCGCGACCCGACCAGCCUCUCGGUUGCUGCCCGGGCCAGGUGUGCAGCCUCGAGGGACAACUACCGAAAUCCGGAUGCGACCGGCCCUGGUGGGCCGACAGGGAGUGGGUCGUUGCGCCCGCUGACAUUUGGCAUCCCGUUAGAGUACAAUAUCGAGGAGCUCGAGCCGUGUGUCCGCCAGGCGUGGCAAGACACGGCUACCCUUCUGCGCGACAAGAUCGGCGCGAGAGUUGUCCCUGUCUCGCUGCCCUCCACCAAGCACGCGCUCUCCGCUUACUAUGUCAUCGCCCCCGCCGAAGCCUCCUCGAAUCUGGCCAAGUACGACGGCGUUCGAUACGGUCCCAGACAGCCCGAGAUCGAAGGCAACGGCGCGGGCAAUGGCGUCCUAUACUCGGCUGUACGGGGCCAGGGCUUCGGCGCGGAAGUCAAGAGGCGCAUCCUGCUCGGCUCGUACACCCUCAGCUCCGAAGCCAUGGACAACUAUUUUGUUCAGGCACAGAGGGUGCGCCGACUCGUGAGGAGGGAUUUCGACCGGGUCUUUCAGCUGGCAAACCCCCUGCUGGACGAGGACGAUCAGCACUUUGACCUGGCGGACCUAGACGAGGGUGUUACCCUGGAGAACAAGCUCGGCCCGGCGCAGGUGGACUUCCUGCUGUGCCCCACCGCCCCAACGCUGCCGCCGACACUGGCGCAUGUGCAGGCACGGCAGGAGAGGAACCCCACCGAGGCAUACAUGAACGACGUCUUAACCGUCCCCGCCAGCCUGGCUGGGUUGCCCGCCAUUAGUAUACCCAGGGGGGUGAAGGGCGCGUCGGUGCCUGGACCAAUGGGUAUCAUGGGUCUGCAGGUGAUUGGACAAUUUUGGGACGACGCAAGACUGCUCGCGGCUGCAGAAGCUCUGGCGGCAUUGGGCGAGAGCACUUAAGUAGUCAGCAACGGCCAGUCCACACCGACUGGCAUGCAUAGCAAUGGCAAAAACAUCAUGUCCCAGUUCG